GAUAUACACAGUUUACCCAUCCCUACUCAAUACAAACAAUUAAACAAAUCUUGAAAAAAAACCACAAAAAUCUAUUGUUUUUUGAAAUUUCUGUGAAACUCGAAAUGUCGGCAUCUGUGGAAAGUAUUGUCACGGGUGCAGCAGCUGCCGCGGCCCUAGACAAAUAUGGGGAGGAGGACUUGUUCAGUAUACUUAUACGGUAUGGACUCUAUGUGGGAGCCAUAUUCCAGUUCGUAUGCAUCUCGGCCGCUGUGCUGAUGGCCGGCGACGAGACGGUGGACACCAACGAAGCGGAGAGGGAGAGUGAGCCGGUGCGGGCACGCCUGCACAAGAUCCGCAAGCUGGAGAAGAAAAAGCGGCGCUAGGUCAGGAAUAGCAUAGACUUAGUUAGCCUAACUAAAUAUAUUCUAAGUAUACACUAUAAUAAAAGUAAUUUCUGUGAAAUGUGUAGCGCCCAGCCCUUGAUCAAGGCAGAUGAUCGCGGUGGCGUCUGCCGCCCUGGCAACUCUGCACAUGACUCAGGGCGGGGCGGGGGAAAGCACUACGCCCCCUUUUCCCAUCAAGCCCCCCCACCACCCACCACAAAUGACUAAUUGUAUUUCUCUUUUAGUUUUGGCUCUUUAAUUUUGGGAAUAAUAUAAAUUAUAAUAAUCG